UGAAAUUAUGUAUGAAUGAAUGAUUCAAUAACUAUCUAUUGAUGGCUAUAAAGAGCCACUUUAUAUUGAACAAUCCAACUGUUAGGAUUAUGACGGGAAAAUUGUUGCUCAUAGCAAUUUGUCUGCUACCGAUUUAUGUGGAGACUAAGCGUAAUUAUAAUAUUGAUAUCGAAUAUAUCACCCCCGUUGUCACUGAUGUCUUCUAUGUCAAGUCCUUGAAUUUGUCCUUAACAAAUAAUAAGGCGGCCAAUAUGGAUUUGAUUUUAAAUCGAAAUCUCACUAAAUUGCCCAUAAGAGCAUCGGUAUAUUUGUUGACAAAGGGUAAACGUCGCAUUUCCUUAUUCCAGGUGGACUUUGAAGCUUGUCAGGCCCUUAAGGACACGGCUCCGAAUAAGUUUUUGGCGGUAUUCAAAAAGGAACUUUUGAGAACAUCGAAUAUUCCAAACCAAUGUCCGCUCAUUGAGAACGUUGUCUACAGGGCCCGCAACUAUACCGUCAAUGAAGAUGCCUUUCCAGCUAUAUUACCCGACACAGCUUGGCAAUUUCAAUUGAAUUUGAAUAUGAAAGAUUUUAGUACUGGCUUCAUAAGAAUUUCCGGUCGUGUUCGCAGCACUGGGUAGAUGGUUUCAAUACGAUUUGGAAAUACAACAUUGUUGUAGAGGUGAAGAACGUAUAUUAAAGGAUAAUAUAUUUUU